GGUGGUACCGAGGAUACACACUACGACAGAAAUCACAAAAGGGCAUUUUCCCUGCCAACUAUAUUCAUCUGAAAGAAGCGAAAGUUGAGGGAACCGGGAAACAAGAGACUGUUGUACCUACAGAUUUGCCCUUGGUCCAGGAGCUGGGCACCACAUUACGAGAAUGGACACAAAUAUGGCACAAGUUUUAUGUGAGCAACAAGACCAUGCUGUUCCGGAACGUUCAGCAGAUGGCCUACAGCCUGAUCGAGUACCGCUCGCAGAUUGUGUCCGGUACGCUUCCCAACGACGACCUUGUGGAGCUCAGGAAGAAAGUCACAGCGAAAAUUGAUUAUGGGAACAGGAUUCUGGGUCUUGAUUUAGUGGUGCGCGAUGAAGCAGGAAACACAUUAGACCCCGAACACACCAGCACGGUCAGUCUGUUCAGGGCUCAUGAGUCAGCAUCACACAGUAUUGAUGAGAGGAUACAGGAGGAGAAGAUGCGGCUUCAGAACCUGGAGAAGCGGCGUCAGACCCUCUUCAGCGGCGUGCACACAUACAGUCUUCAAAUAAAUCUCAGAAACUUUGUAUGCAACAUCGGCGAGGACGCUGAACUCUUCAUGUCGUUAUACGAUCCUGACAAAUCUGAAUUUAUUAGUGAAAACUUCCUGGUACGGUGGGACAGCACAGGCAUGCCGAAAGAGAUCGAAAAACUCAACAACCUUCCUGCACUCUUCACGGCUGCAUUUAUUUGA